UGAGUUCUCUCGCGGCGCGCCGCAGUCCGCGCGAGGAGCCUCCGUGUGUUGUACUCCCUCACCGUCGCGUCCUUAACCACGUUCCUCACCAUUGUUUAUUGUCCCACGCGUGCUCUCAGUAAAGCCUCUACAGCUGUUCCGUCGCAACCCAUCACUGGGCUUGAAUGUAAAUGUGUGUUUUAAAAUAAAAAUAAUAUGUUUUGAGUGUUGUUUUGUGAGUGCUGUGAGUUUAAAUGGAGGGCCCGACCGGUCCCUGAAGUCGGGAGUGCAGUGCGCGCGCCUUCGCUGAGUCUGUCUGAGUUUAGCUCGGCCAUGGCGGCGACGGCUCGUCGCGAGAUAGACACCGGCGAGGAGGAUAUCGCGGCUAUAGCCAGGCAGAUAUCCGACCAUGCCGAGGCUAUCUAUCAGACGUGGAAAGCGCGCGGCUUGGCGCCUUCUGAGAUCCUCUCUUGCAGACCUACAUCCGGCAUCAAGCUGACCGACAACCUACGGACCAAACCCAAACCAGAACCUAAGCCAGACCUGAAGCAAAGACCAGAACUCAGACGGGAUCAUCGCCCGGAUCCUACUCGUGAGAGGGCGAGGAGGGAACUGAGACAAGAGCAAAGAUCCGAACCUGAUGGCGAAAUUAUGGAUAUCACUUUGCCUCCAGAUUUAGUGCCUGAACGCAAUGGAACAGGAACGACUUUAGUUGGAGGUAGGCGCGCUGAUGCCGCUGCCAUGAGAUUAGAAGUAGCGCGCGAGGAGGAAAGAUUGUUGAGAGCUCUUCGUACAGGGGGAGUUGUUGCAGAACGUCCUGCAGAGAGACCAGACGUGGUUCCGCCGGUCUCUCUCGUUGAUUACGCAAAGAGCCGCUAUCAGGAUAAACUGGAAACCGGUGCGAGGAAGCCGGCUGCAGGGGCUGGAGGAGAGAGACGUGCCUCGCUUGGUUCUCACGUGACCGAAGCUCGAUCCAAGUUCGAAGCUCGCGCUCGCAGGGCCUCCAGCGCCGGCACCGGUGAGCCGGUCUCCGCUGCGGGCACGACGCCCGUGCGACCGUUCCUCACGAGAGGAUCUGUUGCUGAACGCGUGCUCAUGUUCGAGAAAUGCCCCAGCGAGGCUACUCUAGAGCUCGCCAAGAGGAAAUCUCCAGCAGCAACGACAUGGCGGGGACCGCACGACGUCAUCAAUAGAGCACAGGUCAGCAUCGAUAAAUGUCUCCCGAGCUACGCCGCCUCCGCACCUAUAAAGCCCUCUUCAGCACCUCCGCAUACAACGCUACAGCGGACAGUACGGGGCGCUGCCAACAGUGGCGCUCCGGCCAGAGUCAUACCUCGCUUCCACUUCCCCAAAGGUCGGCCGCCCGCCCCGCACCAGCAGGACCACGCUCUUCACAAAGUCCAGUCAGCAUUCGCAACGUUCCCUAAUAGUCAGGUACCUCGUGAGAGUUUCAAGCACAUCGUGAAAGCAUGCGAAUGUCCGCUGUACUGGAAAAUGCCUUUGUUUCUGGCCACUCAACAGAAUCUACACCUCCCUAUCGACGGACACAAAUUCAUUGACUUCUGGAGAGAAAUGACGUCACAGUGUCACGAUCAGGCGUCGCGGUUCGUGUACAUUUUGACGCGAGGGAAGAGCAGCAUUCUAACUCCAGAAGAUUUUGUUCCUCUCGUCCAAGACGUUGUGGACACUCACCCUGGACUCUCGUUUUUGAAGGAAGCCACCGAGUUUCACUCCAGAUACGUGCACACUGUGAUCGCUAGGAUAUUCUACUGUGUGAAUAGAUCGUGGUCGGGAAGAAUAUCGAUUCCGGAGCUGAGAAGAUCGAAUUUACUACAAAUCAUUCAAUUGUUAGAAGACGAGGAGGACAUAAAUCAAGUCACGCAAUAUUUUAGUUACGAACACUUUUACGUGAUUUACUGCAAGUUCUGGGAGUUGGAUCGGGAUCACGACUUAUUCAUAGACAGGCACGAUCUCGCGAGGCACAAUGAUCACGCGCUAUCGAGUCGAAUGAUAGAACGGGUGCUGUCUGGAUGCGUAACUCGAGGUAACCAAAACCGUCUGACCCCUGACGGAGAACCCCGCAUGUCCUACACGGAGUUCGUGUGGUUCCUACUCGCCGAAGAGGAUAAAACUCAUCCAACUGCCAUCGAAUACUGGUUCAGAUGCAUGGACAUUGACGGCGAUGGGUACAUAUCAAUGUACGAACUCGAAUACUUCUACGAGGAACAGAUGCAGCGGAUGGAAGCUAUUGGCAUAGAAACUCUGCCAUUCAACGACUGCUUAUGUCAGAUGUUAGACAUGGUGCAUCCAGCCGAAACGGGAAAGAUAACGUUGAGCGACUUGAAGAAAUGCAAAUUAACCCCAAUAUUCUUCGAUACUUUCUUCAACUUGGAGAAGUACCUCGACCACGAACAAAGGGAUCCGUUCGCUACUCAAAGAGACUCCGAUUGCGAAAUGUCAGAAUGGGAUAGAUUCGCUGCUGAAGAAUACGAACUCCUUGUAGCCGAAGAAGGCGGAAGCGAGGCCCAAGAACAAAUGGAGGAAGACAGAACUGGCUAUGCUAGGCUCAUACGAUGAGACGGACGAAGACUGUUUGUCGCCCAAUAUGGAUGAUAUAACGAAUACUGAAGUGGUGGAGGAUUCGAGCGUGGAAGAGUCGACGCUGAGCGAAGGCGGCCCUCUCGCGCCCGGCUACGUGAACCUUAGCACCAUAUAUUCCCUCGGGACCGAACGGUGGAAACAACAGAACGCGACACUCAAUAACGGACUCGCCGAGAAGAGGCUCCCAGAGAAACCUGUCCCUCCAGAAAAACCAGUCAGUCUGAUGAUGGUCAACGGCAAGAUGGACAAUCGGUACUCCGGCUUCAGCAACAACAGCUUCCUCUACUCCCAGCUACUCGGGUCUAGUGGAGUGCGAACCAGAGACCCGCCUUCGUACAGCGUCGCAACCGGUGGACUUGAUGUGGAUACGAAGAACGCAGUGUCUCCGGUUCGGUCCCCCGCGACGAGCCCCGUCAAUGGCAUCAACAAGAUCUCCGAUAACUACGAGAGGGCGAUCGCAGAACGACUCAGUCCCCAACGAGACAUAUCGAGGGUGAACAGAAGCGGUCUCUUCAGUAAAGUGAAUACGGGCAUCGUCGCCAACAACGUGAAGAAGAAUAGCCCCCGCAGGGACGAGGAGGACGGCGACUACGCUCGCGACAGUGACGAGUGCUCGAUAUAGGAGCGGCGGACUGCAUCGUGCUGUCUCGCUCUGUAACGAUCCACCGACACCGUUCGCCGGUCGGUGUGCUGCGACGCCAAAGAUCGCCAUUUUCAAAACAUUUUGUAGUGUUAGCUUUUUAAAUGACUCUAUUGUUAUACGGUUGUUCGAUACAGAGAAAUAUUUUUUCAGCGUAUCCUAGUGGUCGAUACGUGCCUUGUGACAGUGUAGACUUUAGACGAUUGAUAGACAAGUAACUAGUAGUUUAGUGCGCGUCUUGUGAGUGUGACGUACGUCGAAAAAUGUUCUCGAACUACGACACAGACUAGUUUUGGCAUUUUAAUAGUAUUAAUACCUGUGUAUCAAUUUAUUUAAUACGUAUAUUUUAGUCUCAAAUUAACCAUAUCAAGCAACUGUUUUGUUUGCAUGUGAAUUAUUAAUGUGUGUUGUAGAUUUUUUCACGUACAUAUAUAUAUUACAUACCUAAUAAAUGUAACUGACGUAGAAUCUAUGAUUCAUAUUAUAGCCGCCAUUUUCCGUCGUGCUCUCGAUUGAUCAUAUCAUCGCUCCAUCCACAUUAUUAAUAUUUUAUUAUAAGACAAAAGAUACUAAUGUUGCCAGUCAUUAAUAAACGUUCGUCCAUUAAGCUUUAUUUAUUUAUUUGUCGUGACAAAAUCAGGCUAUUACAGAUAUGAAACUAUAAAAGUUGACGUAUUUUUGAUAUGCAAAUACAUUUCAAGAUGACUUAGUAAAUAUUUUCGAAAUGCCGCGUACUAAAUUUACAACAUGUAACCAAAGCGGUUUAACUUUGAAUGAAAAUCCGUAGGUAUCUAAAAACUGGAUCAUUAUGUGAAUAUAACAAUUAAGUAUAGCUAAUUAGGACAGAGUAGGAACGAUCGCCUUGAACUGAUCGUAAUUUCUUGAAAGCCUUGCCUAAGCCUGACGGUAAAAGUUUGUGAGGUUUAAAUUUUUGAGAUUUAAUAAAAAAAAAAUGAUUUCUCUUGGAGCGCCUCGUAAAUAAGUUGCCAUUUCAUAUUGGCGUCAAUGAAGCAGCUUGCACUGUAUUGUAAAGGAUCUAUAAAUGAUCGUGUGAUUUCGUCAGGCGUGACCGUCGUCCCCACUCACAAUACCAAAUACAUUCAUUAACUGUUUACUAGAAAUGUUAUAAUAUAAAUUUGUUAAAGCUAAUAGUUCGUAAAUUUCAGGCCUCACUUUGAAAUACGGUUGCUGGAAUUUUAGGCAGUAAAUCGAUCCCAAGUUUUUCUUUUUGAAAGAAAUAAACAUGACAUAAUUAUGCGACGUAUAUUCUAUAAUAUCUUAUGUUAUGUCAAAUCUAUACAUUGAUUUAUUAUAGAUUACACACAUAGCUACAAAUGAAGUCUUAAAAUCGGUCAAUUUUUUAUCUGGUGUUCAAUGGAGCUCAUAGAUAUUUGAAUGUGAAUGCCGUCAUCCACCUUGAGACAUGAGGUCGAAAACCACCCUUCAAGUCCGAACUCAUGACUGUUGAUAUGAUACCUACUAUUGCCCGCUCACAAUACGCUUUAACCACUGCAAAUGACAAGAACGGUGUUACUUAUUCUCCGGUAAAUCCUUUAUUUGCUUUUUACGACGCCCCCGCGAAGAGAUGUGGUAGUGGAUUUGAGUGCCACAAUCAAAGUGCGGCAUUCAUCACGUACCGUUUAUGUAAUUAUUAUACUGGACUUACUACUUUACUUGUUUCGGUUUGAAGGGUGGGGCAGCCGUUGUAACUAUACUGAGAUCUUAGAACUUAUAUCUCUAAGUGGUGGGUGGUGCAUUUACGUUGUAGAUGUCUAUGGGCUCCAGUAACCACUUAACACCAGUUGGGCUGUGAGCUCGUCCACCCACCUAAGCAAUAAAAAAAAAUACUACUAGACUUUAUGUCGGUAGCUAAAGCUAGACUUUGGAUAGAAAAACUUUGAAUUGUCUGAUAGAAUUUCAAAUUCUGGACCAUAUCUAAACGAAUCGUAAUUAAUUACAUGUACUAAAUGAUAAUAAUAAUAUUCGGUGUAUUUAAAUUGGAUUUACAUGGCACGUUUUUUGGUGUUUACUUAAAAACCAUUUAUUUAGCACGAAUUUACACAUUCAAAAAAUGAUAUGAUAAAUUUCUAGUAAUUAGUGAAAUCUUAGAAGACAUAGUGAAUCUGUAUUUCAAGCUUCUGUAUAAUAUUAGGAAAUAUUUUCUUGCAGUAAAAGCUGACGGAACUUUUCUAGUGUAUUUUCAUCAUUCACAAUUUUCCUUUUUUGUUUAUCAAAUAUUUGUUUUUCACACAGAUAUAUGUACGAAUAUCAUUUAUGAAGCGACAAACAAACAUCUUAACGGCCUUAACCAAUAGCAGAUUUAUGCUUGUAUUCUUGACUAGGUGGCCGCCAAUCUAUCUCUGCAAUUCUCAAGCAAAGAACUAAUUUUAAUAUCAUAUAGAUAAAUAAUUUACUUUGGAUACUAUAACGAGAAAUGUUUUAUAAGCUUUCACUGAAGGUUUUACUAGGUUAUAAUAAUACAAUAAUUCGAUAUUCUAGUCUUCAGGUGCUGUUACGAGCCUAUGGGCGCAACAAUAGUCUUUGAAAUGUCAAAUCGACCAAAGAACGAGUUUGAAAUUGACAGUUUUUUUUUAUGUUUCAAAAUAUGUCGCAUUCUGUGGUGGACAGCUUUUAUUUUAGUCUUUUUUUAGCAUACAUUUCAUUUAUAUUUUUACCAAGUCUACCUAUUUUAAUGGUUAAUUACGUACCUACCUACCAUAUUAUUUUUAGAAGUAAUUUUAAUUUUUGGGCUUGUGCGCACUCACUAACGCACUCCGAAUCAAACUUUUUCUUAAAUUCCCAUUAUUAAAGAGCCACAAAGUUGCAUUAUGCAGAUUUUGGAAGCAACUUAAUUUAAACACGUAAUGUCCAAAAAAUCGAGGGUGUGUGACAACCUUCGAUCAACAAUAGUAACUACUUGUUGAUCGAAGGUGACAACCCUCUCGUACCGUUGGCAGAUAUCUCGAAUUAUGUCUGAAGAAUCGUUAUCACACAAGUUCUCUUCCAUAACAAAAUCAAUCAGGAAGUGUGACCUUAUUUGAGACAGCCUAAAUAUAAAAAAAUCACUAAUCGCGUUAACAUUUCAAUUUACCUCUUCAUGUUUACAUUUAAUUAUGUGUCGACAUAAAAUUUAUUGACUAACCUUACCAAUCAUUAACCAAAAAUAUUGUUGAAAUUGUUUGACAAAUUUUAUGAAUAUGUGUUACGAUGUUGUUUAAAAGUAUGUUUCAUUAUUAUUACUUAGAAUUUUUUACGUGCUAAAAUCGGUUCAAUGAACUGUAAAAUUGAAUUAUUUUAAUUAAAUUAGAAAGAAUACGUACACUACAACUUUGUACAUACCGAUAUUAUAAACUUAUUAUAUUUCGUGUUUCGGUAGAGUUUUGUUUUUUAAUUAAUUCCUUAAGUAUUCAAAAUUUAGAAAGUAGACAGGUUUGUUAUAUGUAUUAAAAAACAAUAAGUAAACAUUUUACGAUUAUAAUACAAAAGUAGGCACGUACACGUAAGUACGUUCAUGAUGAUUUUAUAUUAAAAGUAAGUACCUUAUCCUUAUUGGGUACUAGCUUUUAAUUUUAAUCUCUUAGUUAUAGUCUUAAAUGCAUUAUAAUUUUAUGGAAUUAAGCCCCAGUAAUACACUUAAUGUAAUGUGGUUUUUAUUUUGUAUUCAGUUUCAAUAAAAUCGUAAUCCACUUAUUUGAAUGUAAAGCUAAGUUUAUUAUUGAAUGCUUUAACGCAUUAAGUUUACUUAAGGACAAAUUGACAAAAGUAUUGAAUAAUUUAAAUUAGUUAUAUUCGAAGCAACUAAAACAAAAUAACAUCAAUUGGUUGAAUUAGAAAAUUUUCAUAUGUAUUUGUGAUUUAAAUUAAUUAUGACGUCAUCAUCGCCACGCUCACUGCUAAAAUGUCAUAUUUAUAAAAUAUGUAAAUUCAUAAUGAAUGCUGUAACUGUAUCUGCAACAUUGCGCGUAAUCAAUUUGGACACAGAGACGAAAAACCUAUCCCAUGCCCCGAGCCGGACCUUCCACUUCCCGCCAAAAUAGGAUUCGGUGACUAGAUACCGCAUUUACUAAUAGUCUAUCCACUUAUCUACGUCUGCAGAUACAUCUCGUCUGCUCAUACAAAAACAUAAUUAUUAAAAUAUAAUAUACAUUUCAAUUCGAAAUUUCAAUUUUUUAAUUUUCAUACAAUAUUAACAAUUGAUAAAGCAGGUGAUACACGACACCUAACCUCAACAUUUAGGUAAUAAUAAAGUUUUUUACGUAAUUUAGCGAUGAAGUAGGUAACGGUGUGUUAACAUGUGAAUUUAAGGUGACAAACAUAUAGUUAAGUCUCCUAAUAAACUACAUCAUUGUA